AAAAGCGGUGUUCGUGCGAGUGCGAGGAGAUGGACAAAAACGGGCCAGAGGGAGAGGAGAGCGCAAGAAACAAAAAAAAAAUAAGAAAAUAAAAUGGCGAUCUUUGCGUGUUGUACAUUUUCGAUCGGUGCGACUGUGAAUGGAAUUUUCUACUAGAAGAAGCUCCGGGAGCGCCAAUUUUACGGUUUGUACGGGUGCAAUCCGGCCAGUUGCUGCCGAAGCGACUGUUAGUUUCGUGAAUAUCGACCCCCGGGAAGCGGAACCGGAUGUGGCCAUUGGCGAAUUCCUAGUGGGAAAGUGUUUCGAUUAGAGAUUUUUGCUGACGAUGGGGGAGAAGACAGCAGAGUGAUAUAUUUUUUUUGGCGAGUGAGUGAACAAACGAAUGACCCCCCCCAAAUAGAAGAACAAGGGGGCGCGAGUGAGAAGAAGAAGAAGUGCACAUCACAGACGGAUGAUCAAUCCGAGAGUCCGGCAACGAAAAGGGUGCUAAAUGGGUUGCGACGGACGAAGCAGGCCUUGAGAGAGUGGCCGGAUUUUUAUUUUCUAGUGAAAAUCGUCGCGAAUUAAAAUCGGCACACACAAACAUUCAAGUGCUGAAAGGAAUGUUCUGAUGUGCAAGACGGUGUCAAAAUUAAUGACACUGGUGCAAGUGGAGUACCACUGUUAAAGACGGUAGUUCCGUUUUCUUAGGACGUUUUUGUUCCGUUCGGUGACAGCCGAAACCGCUUUCCGGAACCUAUAAAAAACGUUCAGUCAGGAAAAAAAAAGCGUAGACAGCUCAUCUACUGCCGAAGUGCCGAAUGUGUAAUGUGAACAAGGAAAAAACCGAGAAGCACCGGGAGGAGUGAUCGUGCGCGCGUUCUCAAGCAAAACCGUGGAAGAACACCAAGAAGAGUGUCCCUUCCAGCGACAGAUGUAACGACGGAAACAACCAACUUAGCCAACCAAGAACUACUCUGCGAGGGAAAAUACACCCAUUAAAAGCAAAAAGUCAGAGGCAGCAUUUUAGGAAUGAAGUCAACUUGAUAUUGGGACCCCUCUCCUUGUUAAUCGGUCGGUUGUGCAGUUCGGCGGUUCUUCCGAAUGCGUCAAGUCCUGUCGGCAAUGCGCGCGGUGCUUUCGGACGGCCGCGUGACCGUGAAUUAAUCAUCAUCAUCGCCAAAUAAACGCCGCACGACGGCGAAAAGAAACCACCUUCAUCGUGUGUGCGAAUGGACCCGUGAAAUGAACAAACCAGAUAAGAGCAGCCAGCAGUCGGCAAAAUCAGUCUCAAAAGUAGAAAGUUUUUUUUUUGCUGCGCUCCUCUGUGCAUAUCUGUUUCAAUUGAGGUGAAAAUCUCGUAUGUAUAUUAGCUAAUACCUGUAUUUAGUGGGAAAAAUAAGCUAUCUUAUGAUAUUGAGGUUGAUUUGGCGUCACACAGUGGCAAUUAGGUGUAACAUUGAGUUUCGAUGAAUUAUUCACGCGUAUCUAGUGGCCAAGAUAGGAGAAGCGCCCUAGAGCUGCAAUAGUGUGUGCUUGUUUUUGUGCUUUAUAGAAUACAAAGAAAUCAGUAAGCGAAGAACAUUGGUGUGUUUGGAAGAAAACGAAGAAUAAUUCUGUAAAAUCAAAGAAAAGUAGUGAAAUUUACGGCAAUUGAUUCGCACGAUUCGUGACUAAUGUUUUGAGUAAGCUCUCGCAUUUUCUCCAUUUGGUGAUUGUUGGAAGUAUCUAUAUCUGCCGCUUACUUGUACCCAUACAGACAUUUUUCCAUCUGUGGAAUCACAGAAGUAUGCGUGAGACGGCGACGAUGAAGAAGAAACUUACUCAAGUACAUUGAAAAACACAAAGCAGUGGAACGAACGACGAGCGCAGAGUAAUAACAAAUCGUCACACACAUUAUUGUUGUUGUUGUUGUUCUUAUUUAACAGUUUCGUGGUUCGAAUCGACCCACGACGACAACGACAAAGACGACGGAGAACCAAAUUGGAGGCGCAACAGUGGAGAGUGAAAAAAAGAGAGUGCAACCCCAGUCAGUGCUGUCUGCUGCCCACAUUUAACCCUGCCGCGACUUUUCGCGCGCUCCACAAGAUGCAACAAGAUGCACCCGUCUUGUACGACAGUUCGGGUGCUAGUACUAGUAGUGGAACAACGCAAACCAGCGCACCAACGACUCACCACGACAGCGAGCUACAGCAAUCACUAUCCACAGUGCGGCAACAAUUGGUAGCGCCAUCGUUCUGCGACAAUUACUCCUACCUGUGCUGCGGCGGGGGCGCGGGUGAAACGUGCUUGCAGUUGUGAUUAUUUGUGUUUUAUUUUUCGUUCACGGGCAGUUUUAUUAGUUUCGAAACUAGAUCAGAUUUUACCCCGGGUAGUGAGUGAGGGAAUCACGUGGCAAUCUGUUUGGGCAGUGAAGAAUACGAAGAAAAAGAAGAAGAUAAAUUGUGUGCACCGGGAAAUUUAUGCCAAACUGGUUCUUCAAUUCCCUCGGUCGUUGGGAAAUAUCGACCCGGACGAAGGGGUUCGUAAUCCCUUGUCGGUGAAGCGUAUAUAGAUAGGAUACAUAGAUAGGUGGUUGGCGCGCAGAAGAUCCACUGCAAGUUUUGUUAAGUUACAGAGCAAACAAUCAAACUUCCAGUGGGAAACAAGCUGUGCUGUGCAGAUGCAGCCCUAGUGUAAGUGCAAGUGCAUAUAUAUAGUGAAUAAGGAGAAAGAGUGAAAUAGUGAAGGUAGCAAAAAGAAAAAAGCAUGUUGGUAAUCAAGUACGGGAAGGCUCACUUUCCGCCAUCGUAAUAUGUAGUGCAAGAUGAGCAAUGAAAAGUAGCGGCCACAAAAAGAGUAGCAGUAGCAGCAGCAGCAGCCGGAAUCUGCAUUCAUUCAGCUCGCUGGCGGCUUCUGCAGCGGGCGGAUUUGGAUUCGCAGGACUAAGUUCGGCCUCAGCGGGAUCGGGGUUGUUAUCUUCCUCGUCGCUGUCAUCCUUGUCCUCCUCGUCGCUGCUGUCGGCGGGGAGCGGAGGGGGUGAUUUGGAUAUGAAAAAAUCGCAGAAACCAAGGCACGAUGAGCAAGAUAGCAGAAUGGACCGCAGAGAACGCGACAAGCAGGCACGAGAACGGCAAAUGCAAGCCGAACGUGACGUCGAACCAGCACUACCGAUAUUCGCCGCUCCCGUCAAAGUGCUCAGUCCAUCCGACAUGGACAUGCAGAUCCAAUCGAAGCUCGGAAACUUCGAGUACGCCCGGAAGCACAUUCUGGACAACGUGGUCGGAAUCGCGGCCAGUCCGGCCACCCCGCGGUCCAACGCUCCUCCGAUGCCGAUGCCAAAUAGCCUCACCAACAGUAUCAGCCUUCUGGCCGGUGGAAGUAACGUGAGCUUUCCGGCGCCGUCGACCGUGUCGAUGACCUCGCAACAACAACAACAGCAACAGUACUAUCGAACGCUUCCGCCAAAAACCAAUAGCAAUAGCAGUAGUAGUAAUAGUAGCAACAGUGCCGCCGUUGGUGCCAGUGUAAAUAGUACCGGGGGUAGCAACAGCAGUAGCAAUGCAAACUUUGUGAAACCCACGGAUAAUCGGCCGAUCUACAAUGGGCGCUCGUCGUCCGGGCGACACUACGGUUCGUCGUCGGCCAUCGGGGCCGGUCCGGGAGCCUUCUCCAAGCAUGAGGUGCACUCGAAAGGACCACCUUCUUCGGUGCCUUCCUCGCUGAUGAAUGGCCGCCCGACCGGUCCCGGACCCAUCGGCGACAAGUUACCCUCGCAGCUGCUGAACGGACGGGUCCCUCCUCAGGUGUCAAACGCAAAAAUGCCUCCUAGAGUAACGGAACCAUCGACGCCCUCGAAAACGUCCGGCAACGUGGAGCAAAUCCUGAGCGAAGUCAAAUUGUUCAUUGGGACGCCCCUGACGGAGAUCGGUGCCACGCCCCGGAAGGAACUGGAGCCUUACAACCUGAACAGCCAAAACAAACACAAGUACGCGCCGAACCCGGUGCUGAUGAAGACUUCCUCCUCCUUCAAGGCGCCAUUGGGUGCAAUUCCUUCGUUGUUGAAACCGAUAAGUGCUAUUGAGGAUGAACCGAACGCCUCGGACAGCGACGACGGUGCCUACAAGAAGAAACGCAACUCUACUGAUACCUCAUCGAAUGACAGCGCGGACGAGUCGUCCAGCGAGGAUUCGAACGUCGGCAAUAAAACGUCCGCCGUGAGUGGUGCCGGUGUUACCAUUUCUGGUAACAGUGGACCCGGGCCGGGUGGUGGACCUGGGGGAGGGGGAGGAGGAGGAGGAGGAUCAGGAGGAACAAAUGCAACUGAGUCGGGGAACAGCACUCCCCCGCGACCGACGGCCGCUUGGUCGUUGGUGAACUUCCUGCCAAGUGAGGCGGGUUGUGUCAGCUCGCAACCCGGUGGUGGUUCGAAUAAUCCCGAUUCAGUGGGAUCCAAUCAGAACCUGAACGAGAAUGACAAUUCGUGUUCGCCGCUGAUGCCUGGAUCGCCCCUGAUGAUUAAGAAUGAACCACCGCCAAUGGAAGAGGACCAUUUGUCCAACAGUAGUAGUAAUAACGAAACGGUUUUUGUCAAGCAGGAACCGUAUCCGAGUGAGAAUAGUACGUCUUCGCCCAGCGGUGCUGGAAUUCCAACGGCGACGCCAAGUUCUGCACUGCCGGGAUUGAACGGUGAAAGUUUGCCAGAUUUCAAUAAACUAGGUGAUAUUAAGAACGAUCUGGAUCUGUCUAGUCCGGCCAAGAGCCCGGAAAAGAGUCCGGAGAAAGAUUCCAACGACCAAGUGGAUAGCGUGGAUGAGAACGAAGUUAGCAGUGCGCUAUUGAAGGUGAAAGAGCUUCAGAAUAUACAACCCUUAUCGGGUAUAUCCGAUAUCGAUGACAAUAAUGUUCAGCAGAGCACUCUUGGGUUGCUCAGUGCGGGAAGUGGUAGCGUCGGUCGAGUGCCUCAGAAGAUUAAACGGAAGCGGAAAGUUAACAAAACCUACCAGGACAGGGAACGGGAUCAGCAAUCCAGUAGUAGUGACGACGAUGGAAUCGGAAGUUCCCAAAGAAGUCGAUCUCAGUCCUUCGAAAAGGACAAAGUUAGCAAAGGACGAGGUCGGCCUAGGAAGAAUCCACCUACUACCGGAGGAUCCUCAAUUGUGGGCUCUUCCAGCGCUAGGCAGUCGGACGCCGAUUCUGUUACCAGCAACAACAGCAAACGAAGACUAUCAAUUUCCUCUACCAAAACGGUUGCUUCCACGCCGAGUAAAAAAGACGCUCCCAGUACGCCUGCCAAGAAAACUACGUCUCGAAGACGACCCUCCAAGGCCAACCCAAAACCCAGCCGAGAAGUGCUCACGACGACAGACGAUUCGGACGCGGAACCGAUGCGGGACCGAAAGGAUGACACAUCCGUAAGCUCCAAAGGAAUCAGAUCGAGUCCCACAAAGGGGGCAACUAACAUGUUAGUUCCGCCUAAACCACCGGGAGAAGUUGACGAUCUGUCGUCCGACAGCAACCCAGAGUACGUCAGGCGCCGAUUGAUAUCCCCUCAGAGAAGGACCACAAUCAUAUCGCCUCCAUUUCAGCCAUCUUCCAUUUCCAAGGUGGUACCGAGGAAGACGUCCACUUCGACUUCGGCCUCGAUCGACGACGAUGACGAUGAUGAUGACGACGAUGACGACGGCAAUGGGGGAGUUCGGUCGGAUAGCGAUUCCGGCAGUGCUAGCGAUGGUGCUGUGAAGAAGGAGAAGAAAAUUAACAAAAAUAAGAGUGACCAAAAGAAGAAAUGUCUUCGGAAGCUGUUCUCCAUCAGCAAGGAAGGUGGCGCCAAAGGUGGUAAGGGUGGCAAAGGCAAGGGACAGGUAGUAAUUGAAGAGGUUCAUCACUCCAAGGCUUCCUCCAUCCAAACCACGGUGAACACGACUCCCAACUCCAAAAGCCAUCUUCUGAGCGUGCCUCCCCCAUCGGAAGUGUCUCGCACAAUCACAACACCACCUCUGGUUCCGCUCGCCACGACCGAGAACCGUUCCACUCCUUCGUCGGUAUCCUCUAGUGUCACCGCCCCCGCCGCCACUGCCACCGUGACGGAAAAAGUGCUUUUAUCACCCGCCAAUACUGCCUUGAACAACAUUUCCCUCAUCUGUCGGAUCGACCUGAGUCGUCUGUUGAAGAUACCACCGCCGCCGCCAGCCAAACAACAGCUGGCCAAAGCAAACGAAAGCUACAGUGCCCAGCGUAGUGCCUCGGCUCGACACAAGAGCAAAAGUCCUUAUGAAAUUAACAAGAAGCGUCGCAACUCGAUUGCUGGACACUGCUUCGAAACGCAGGCCCAGCGAAGGUUGAACGAGGAUAAAUCCACGUCCAAUCUCAGUAGCAGCGGCUCGUAUAGACUGACCGAAGGUGUCGAUCCGAAGGUAUCCAACGAUCCUCUGCUGUUGGAGAAUGGUCGCCAUCGGAGCAACAGCAACGCUAGUGAACACCAAUCUCGAGAACGAUCCCGGGAUUAUCGGGACAUUGUCUCUCCCUCGUUACCACCUCAUCACCAUCACAACAAUCACAACCUGUCUGGGUCGUCUCUGUCCUCUUCGGGCUCGGGAUCCGCGCAAAAGCAACCCUCAUCUGCCAAGCAGCACCUCACGUAUGACGAUAAGUUACCCGCCAAAAGUGAAAAGCUCCAAUAUGGAGCCAGUAGUAAUAGUACUAGUAGUAGUAGCAAUAGCACCAACUAUCCAAUCAAGGAAGACAAAUCAGCAAUACUCUAUAGUGCUGGCAGCGCAGGCAGCGGCAACAGCAGUAAACCUCUCAACAUCAAGCACGAAAACCUUAUCAAGCAGGAGUUCCCGGAGGGCGGCGAAGAUAGCAAACUAUCGGCUGCUACCCUAUCGAAACUUCAACAGCAGCAGCAGCCGCCUUCGGUGUCCGCUUCGGCACAGCAGCAACCGGAAGGCAGCAGUAACCGACGGAAACGCACAUCCAGUUCCAGCAGCAGUUCCUACAAGGAAAAGCGACGGAAAAAGGAUAAGGGUGGUGGUGGUGGUAGUAAUGCUCAGACUGACGCCUUCGACCAAAUGCCUCCAACCAAUCACGACCGGUUAGAGGUGGACCAACAACCACAACAAGCCCAUAAUCUGCCACCUGCCGUUGCUGCUUCCGGUGCAACUGCCGCCCCGUCAAAAUCAACCGUCGGAGAAUCCGGCGGUGUAACCAAUUUGGCGGAAACGGCGGGCAGUGGAUCCGUCGGAACUGUACCGCCGCCGGCACCUGUGAUCAAGAAAAUCUACGUAUCGUACUUUGAACGCUCCAACGAGGACGAACUGGAGGUUCGGGACCAAAACCGGUACCUCUCGGAGGCGAAACGGCUGAAGCAUGCCGCCGACCGUGAGGGGGACCAUCUGGCGCAAGCCAUGCUCUACCUGGAGGCGGUGCUGUUCUUUCUGCUCACCGGCGACACGAUGGAACGAGACCCGAUCACUGAGAAAGCGGCCUUCACCAUGUACAAGGACACGCUCAGUUUGAUCAAGUACAUUUCAUCGAAGUUUCGCAGUCAGCAGCAGCACCAUACCGUGCAGGGCAACAUCCACAGUAAAGUGGCGAUUCUAAGCUUGCGGUGUCAAUCGUUGAUCUAUCUGAAAUUGUACAAAAUUCGUCGGCACGAUUUCAAGGACGUGCAGCGAACCAUCACGGAGUACAAUCAGAAACCGAACCAGCCGGUCUCGGCCGAUAUCGUCAACGGGAACACGCCAUCGCCGCUGUCGCCCACGUCGAGCUCCGGUUACUGUUCGGGUCAAACCGGCCAAACGGGUCCCAUUCCGGGUUCGUCCAUCAGUUCUUCCCCCUCGCCGUGCUUGCUGAUGCCAGUGCACGUACACAUGGCAUUCCAAAAGCAAGCAACGCUCUGCAGCCACCUGCUGAACUGCCAGGAUCUGUGGGAACAAGCAGACAACCUGGUGAUACGGGGGAACCACACAGACUUCUUCAUCGACCUGGACCAUGAAAACGGCCCGAUGACGCUGCACAGCUCGUUGUACAAUGUGGUCAAGUACGUUCAGGCGGGUAUCCAGAAGCUGCGGCGGAUGUAAUUCGCCACUCCGUGAAGCAAAGUAAAAGGCUGACUAAGCACGCGAAAAAGGACCGCAAACCGUAAUCAAUCAAGGUACUGCUCCGACCGGCCACAGUUCGUCGUCGUCGGUGGGGCUCAUCCUAACGCGCUCGUUUGUGCGCGCAAAAUCCAAAGGACUGAUAGAACAACAACCAACAAAUCAACAAACCAACUACCUAAUACACCUUCUAGUAGGGUAGAAUGGUACAACUCGUAGGCUGGACGCGGGCGCCGCCGUCGUCAGUGACUGACAAUAAAACGUAUCCCCCGGAGGGGAGGGUAUCGUCCCACCGUCGCCCAAUCCGGGGAGUGGGUGGGUGUGUGUAUAUGGGGGAAUAAGGUGGUUUCCGGAGAAGGACGACGGUCAAACACUAGUUUUAGUUGUUUGCAACGGAAGAAGCUGUGAUUUGAGUAGAAAUGGUAGUUUGAAUCUGAAGAAGCGCUAGGACAGACAGACGGACCAAUGGCGGUGAUUGCCGCGAUGGAAUGAUAACUAAAGUGUUAGCAACUACUAGCAGAAAGGAUCAUUGGAUAGAGAUUUUCGCGGGGGAUUUUUUUUUUUCUUCGACUUACUCUUGGUUUUGAGAUUGCAGAAGGUGGGGAUUUAGGCUAAUUUAACAGUUGUUUGUUUUGCGGAAUUUGGUGCUGUCUAUGCGGGAUGUGCUGAUGAAAUGAUUUUUUUUAUUGAUGCAGGUGCCCACUUUUGAGCAGCAUGAUUCACAGGAACAGCUUCAAUUUUCCGAUUAUUGAUUUUCAUUCUUUUUACCCUUUUUAUAUAUGCGUACUUAUCACAUAUUACAAUUGCUUAACAUAUCGUUCACUUGA